CUGAUAGGUUAGAAGAAUACGAAACAGAAAGACUUAUUAAUUUUUUGCAGAAAGAUUCUGAAUUAAGUCAUAUAGAACUUGGUGAUGGCUUUUUUACGAGACUUGAGGGAAAAUAUUACUGGUUAUUUAUUUCUCAAGUUAACCAGACAGGAAUUUAG